AAGAUUUUAAUCGUUUAAGUACUAGAUAUAGUUGUGUUAAUACGUCUCACAUUUUUUUCGUUGAAUAAAAACUUCGAUCAAUUUUUUGAUUAAACGCCCUAGUGACCUUCUUAUUUUAUUUUCUAACAUUUUCCCGCGUAUUUUCAAGGUUAAUUGGUUUACAUUAUUCACACUUGUGUGAUCUGUAAUUAAAAGCACAAAAGGAAUACAAUUUGGAGGCUUCAUAUCCAAAUAUGUAUGAAUAUAACCCAGAAAAUCAAAUAAGCCCAGAGAUACAUCAAUGGUUUGCCUUAGUUGACAAAGACAGAAGCGGUAGAAUUACAGCAACUGAAUUACAAGCUGCAUUAGCAAAUGGAAAAGGUGGAACCUUUUCUGAAUCAGUUUGUAAACUGAUGAUCAAUAUGUUUGGUCAAAAAAAAGAUGGUACUAUAGAUAUAGUAGAAUUUCAAGAGGUAUAUAAAUAUAUAAAUCAUUGGAUUCAUUUCUUACGUGAUAUCGAUCUUGACAAUUCUGGAACUAUACAGGAAAACGAAUUAAAUGUAGUAUUAACUAAAAUGGGUUAUACAGUUAGCCCUACAUUUGUAGAAUUUCUUAUAAAGAAAUGCGAUCCUGGUAAUUGUCAAAGUAUGAGUGUCGAUCAAUUUAUCAUGUUUUGUAUCCAAUUAGACAAAUUUACAGGAGCAUUCAGAAAUAGAGAUACGGAUAAAAAAGGAGUCAUUACUGUUGGAUUUGAAGAUUUCUUGACAAUAGCUGUCGAUUGUAGCUUAUACUAAAUAUAUCAAUAAUUAUAAUUGAUACAAAUUGUCGAUUGGCUAUUAUAU